AUGAAUGCUCCGGUUGCUACUGAACGCAAAUCAUUUUUACCCUUACGAUUACCAUCAAAAACAAUUAUAGAAUCUGGCAGUGUACCUAUUACGCAUCGGCAAACAACAGCUGUUGCAACGCCAAUGACAUUGACUGUGGAAAACGAUACGAAAUCAUUAUUUGCAGUUGGCGAUCGUGUUUUAAUAAAUGGACUAAAAAGUGGUACACUCCGUUAUGUUGGCGUAGUAAAAUUUGCUCAAGGCCUGUUUUGUGGCAUUGAACUUGAUGAGCCCGAUGGUAAACAUGAUGGACUAGUGAACAACAUUCGAUAUUUUCAAUGUAAAACAAAUCAUGGCAUAUUUGUACCGCAAGAUAAAGUUAUCUUGAUAUCUCAAGGUCGAACGACUUCAACAUCACGAAUAAUUAGUCGUUUACAACCACCGAAAAUGACACGUUCAUUAACACUGCCAUCGUCGAUGAAUAGAAAACUACAACCAAUUCAAAUAAAAUCAUCUCCGACAUCAAAUCAUUUACCAGAUAUUAUUCCAAAUACUUCAAAUUCUAUCCAAUCGAUGACAACAAAUGAGCAACCAAUUGUAUCUGACAAUCAUGAAACGGUCCGAUUAACAAUAGAAACAAACACGAUGAUGGAACCGUUAUCAGUAACAAAUGAUGAAUCUUUAGAAACCGAUUUCACAGACAGUGUUUCAUUAAUUUUACAUCAACUUCAACAAGAACAAAAAGCUUUCUUUAGUCAACCAUCUACUUCAACAAUAGCCAGCGAAGAAGGUACGAUAGACGAUGAGAGUGACGAUGAUGAGGAUGAUGAUGAUACAGAUGGAUUAGAUAGUGAGAGUAUUGCCGACUCAGCGAUGAGUGAACAAGUACAAUCAAUACCUUCGUUACCAUCGACAAAAUCCAUUCAAACAGAUUUAUCAUUUGAUAUAAAAGAUAAUAUAACAUUUGUGAAAAAUAAUUUAUUAAAGUCGAAAUCAAUGUCAAUUUCAAAUAAAUCAUUAGUUGGUUCGAUAAAAUCAGUAACUAAACCAAAAAUAAAUACUCAGGAAAAUAACGUGAUGAAUGGCAAUGUAAAAAGAGAAAGUUUACCAGCUCAUGUUGCAGUAGUAAAAAAAGGUUUCGAACGAAAAUCAUCGAUUCCAUUAACGAACAAUUCAAGUACUACUCGAAAAUCAUUAUUAAUACCGCCGAAAAAAACACCCACUUCCAUUAGUAGAUUAAGUUCAUUGAAUUGGGAAGGAUCACAAUCUAAACUUAAUCAACCGCUUUCACCAUCGAAUUCUCUGAAUAGUAGUCAUUCUGAUUUAUCAUCCAAUCAACAACGUACAUCGAACAUCGCUACAAAAUCAACAUUAAGAACAUUUCGACCAGCGUCACAUUCGAUUGAUCUAAAUUUAGAUAAAAAACCGAAACAAGCUCGCAAUAGUCUCGAUACGACAGACAAUCAAUUAAUCAUACAAAAAGUUCUUUGUCAAUCACUUGAAGUUACUAAUGAACGUUUAAAGAAGCGAUAUCAGACGUUACUUAAUCGUUUUGAUCCAAUGCUCAUUUUAAGUCAAUAUUACAUAGCCGAAAAUGAACAAAUCAAACAACAACAUGAAUUAAAAUUAUCGAAAAUUCGAACAGAACAUAGUCAAUUAAAGAAUUUUAUCGAACAAUUACAAUUGUCUCAUAAAAAUGAAAUAGUUACUUUAAACGAAAAAUGCAAAAAUCAGAUUAAUGCAAUGAAAGAAACUUAUAACGAAAAAUGUCUUGAAUAUCAACGGCAAAUUGAUAAAUUAUGCAAUGAAAAAAUUCAAUUGGAAACUCGCUCCAAAUCACUUCAAGAACAAGUUGAUAGAUUUAUGGAAGAAAUGGAAAAUAGUGAACAUGCCGACCCAUUAUUACGACGUGUCGAAACACUUGAAAAAGAUAAGGCUAGUUUACAAACAGUGGUGGAAAUGAGAAAUCAAGAAUUAACACAAUUAAGAACUCGAAUCAAUGAACAAGUAUUUCAACGUGAAGAUCAAUUAGCGUUACAAAGACGAAUUGACAUGGCUGAAAAUCGAAAUCAAGACCUUGUUUGUCUUCUUCGCAAUUGGCAAUUAAAUGAAAAAGCGGCUAUGGUUGAACGUGAUCAGCUCAAAGAACAAGUAGCUCUAUUAGAGCGAGACAAUCAGCAGUUAACAUUUGAAAAAGAAACGUUACUCUAUCGUCUUCGUCAACGAUCUCUAUCAGCAUCAAUCACAUCGCCACCAAAAUCGAACGUAAAUUCGCGUUCUACGCAAAAAGUUCGCAAUCGAGCACGAAGUUUUUCGUCAAUAAUUGCAACUAAUAAUACUCAUGCGAAUGGGCAUCUUACACGCUCAUCGUCAUUGAACUGCAUUUUAAAUCGGUGA